AUGACGCUGGAGAGUGUUCUGGCCGGGACGGAACCGUUGUGGAGCCGCCCGAUACCGAGAGCCUUCCUGCUCGUGUCGCCCACGAGCUGGAUCGUGCUGCUCGCCCUGGCCGUCUCCUGCGCCAUCGUCUACCGGCAGAGGUCGCGGCUGGUCAAACACAUCGACCGCAUACCCGGCCCCGCCGCCCUGCCCCUGCUGGGCAACAGUCUGCAGUGGCUGGUUGAUCGCGAUGAGAUGUUCAACGUGAUCACCGGUGCCAGGAAGCUGUACGGGCGCCGACAAGGAUUCAACCGCGUGUGGGCCGGCCUCAAGCCAUACGUUCUCAUUUCAAAAGCCACCGUAGCAGAGAAGAUCCUCUCGAGCUCGAAAAAUAUCGAGAAAGGGCGCGACUACGAUCUGCUGAAGCCGUGGAUUGGCACCGGUCUGCUGACGAGCCACGCCGCCAAGUGGCACCUGCGCCGGAAGCUGCUGACGCCGACAUUCCACUUCAAGAUACUGGCCAACUUCGUCGAGGUGUUCAACAAGCAGAGCACGGUGCUGGUCCGGCAGCUGGCGAAGCAGCUCGGCAACCGGGAUGGGUUCGACUGCACGAUCUACGCCACCCUGACCUCGCUGGACAUCAUCUGCGAGACAGCCAUGGGUUUCCCCAUUCACGCACUGGAGCAGUCCGACUCGGCAUACGUCAAAGCACACGAAAAGAUAGCGGAAAUCAUUCUCGAUCGCUUGCAGAAAUUCUGGCUGCGCCCGGACUUCAUAUUCCGGUUCACCAAGGCGUACGCGGAGCACGAACGCUGUCUGAAGGUGCUGCACGAUUUCGCCUACCGCAUGAUCAGUGAGCGCCGGGAGAUGUACAGGGAGCGGAAGCGAAACGCCGAGCGGCAGGUGGAGGAAACGGAGGAAUUGGUGGGAAAGAAGCAGCUAGCCUUUUUGGACCUGCUGCUGGAGCUUUCGGAGGACGGUCAGCUGCUGACGGAUGCCGACAUACGCGAGGAGGUGGACACGUUCAUCCUGGGUGGGCACGAUACAACGGCGACGGCUCUCGGCUGGAUCCUGUAUCUGCUCGGGACGGAGCCGACGGUGCAGGAGCGGGUCCAUGCGGAGAUCGACACCAUCAUGGGUGGCGACCGGGAGCGCUUCCCGACCAUGCAGGAGCUCAACGAGAUGAAGUACCUGGAGUGCUGCAUCAAGGAGAGCCUGCGCCUCUUCCCGAGCAUCCCGAUGCUGUCGCGCUCCCUGGUCACCAGUGUGGACGUCGACGGGUACCAUAUCCCAGCCGGCACCAACGCGGUGAUCAUGCUGUACCAGCUCCACCGCGAUCCCGAGUACUUUCCAAACCCGGAGAAGUUCUACCCGGACCGCUUCCUGCCAGAAAACAGUGCCGGCCGGCAUCCGUACGCGUUCAUCCCGUUCAGCGCUGGACCGCGGAACUGCAUCGGCCAGAAGUUUGGCGCACUGGAGGAGAAGGCCGUACUUUCGGCCGUGGUGCGCCACUACCGCAUCGAGGCGGUCCACCGGCGGGAAGAUCUCGUACUCUACGGCGACCUGGUGAUGCGCACCAAAGAUGGGCUCAAGAUACGCAUCUACAAGCGUGACUGA